CUCCGUUUAAAUGUUACGUGCACAUUGACCCGACUCCACCCCAACUCUUCUUCCCACCAAAAACCAUCGUUGCUGGCGAGAAAAAGCCGAGCUCUCAUCGCCUCAUCGGUGGACCGACGCAGGAGAAGUUGUGAUAUGCACCAUGGGCCGGACUCUUCAGGUGUCAGGAUUUGCUCUAACUGACAGUGCUGACAAUGUCAAGGAUUUUUUGGAACGAAUUGCCGGCACUGGGACUGUCUAUGCUCUCAAGCUAAGGCAUCCAAAGAACAUCUCUGCAACCUCAAAAGCGUUUGCUAUAGUUCAGUUCCAGACACAGGAAAGUGCUUCAUUGGUAGAAAGUGCAGCUCAAAGAAAUGUUCUUCGGAGUGGACGUUUUUAUCUGAAAGUCAAACCUGCGGAUCGUGACAUUGUUCCAAAACCAAGAACUGCAAUGUUUUCUCUGGAGGAUGCAACGCUGCAUCUUGGUUGCAUGGUUAAGGAAAGUGUACUAUCUGUUCUUUGGAGUGCAAAGGAAGUUUCUGUUCAAUUUGGAUUUGAUAUGAAAAAGAUUCACUUUUACCUGUCCCACUAUCAUACUAAAUAUAAACUUGAAAUUUCUUACGAGAGUAUAUGGGAGAUGCAGCUUCAUCGUCCACCUGCUUAUAGGUCGCGGACAAAGUUCCUUUUGAUUAUGGUUCCGGCGGCUCCUAAAAUUUAUGAAUACCUCCCACGACGUUCUGGUCAUGUGUUUGAGGAUCCUUUCUUUAACUAUUUUAGGGAUGACACAGAUGAUCAAUGGACCAGAACAAUUGAUUUUACUCCAUCAGCUAGCAUUGGGCAAUCAUCUAUUCUCUGUCUGGAGGUGCCAAAACAUUGUGAUCUCCCAAACAUUGGUGACUACUUUGUUUACUACAAAGAGCACAAUAUUGACUUUUAUUGUCAGAAUGGGUAUUCAUAUUCUUGUGGUACCCGCAUUGUUCCAGUUGUGAAAUCUCCUGAUAACAUAGAUGUCCCCUAUGAGAUACUCUUCAAAAUCAAUCAUUUGGUUCAGAAUGGGACACUCAGUGGGCCAACAGUUGAUGGCAACUUCUUUCGUCUGGUUAGCCCAAAAUUUGUACCGAUUGAUCAUAUAAAGCGCGCGCUUUUAAAGAUGUCAUUUUUGAAAAGCACCUGCUUGAAUCCAACAAAUUGGUUAUCUGUGCAAUACUCAAAAAUCCGGAAAUUACGCCAUGCACUGCAAAGAUCACCUCAUAUAUCUCUGGAUGAUGGAUUGGUUUAUGUCCACAGGGUGCAAGUUACCCCUGCUAAAGUGUACUUUUAUGGACCAGAGAUAAAUGUAUCCAAUCGUGUUGUAAGGCAGUUCUAUGAUGACAUAGAUAACUUCCUUCGGGUUUCAUUCGUUGAUGAGGACUGUGAGAAGCUCCGUUCAACUGAUUUGUCACCUCGUUCUGCUUCAGGGAAUAAUGCAAGGAGAACUGCUCUGUACGAUAGAGUUCUGUCAGUCCUUUCAAAUGGCAUCAGUAUUGGUGACAAGCACUUCGAGUUUCUUGCCUUUUCUUCAAGCCAGCUCCGAGAUAACUCUGCAUGGAUGUUUGCUUCUCGGCAGGGAUUAACUGCGAGUGACAUCAGGAAGUGGAUGGGGGACUUCCGCAGCAUCAGAAAUGUGGCAAAGUAUGCUGCAAGACUUGGCCAAUCUUUUAGUUCCUCAACAGAAACCUUAAAAGUACACAAGUAUGAGGUCGAAGAAAUUCCAGAUAUAACAAAUGGCACGGAGUACAUAUUCUCUGAUGGAGUUGGAAAGAUUUCAGCUGAUUUUGCAAAGGAGGUGGCUAUGAAGUGCAAACUGAAACACUUUGCUCCGUCUGUUUUUCAGAUAAGGUAUGGUGGUUACAAAGGUGUUGUCGCUGUUGAUCCAAGAUCAAAUCAGAAGCUUUCUUUGAGAAAAAGUAUGUCAAAAUUCCAGUCAGAAAACAUCACACUGGAUGUCCUUGCAUACAGCAAGUACCAACCGUGUUACCUGAAUCGACAGUUGAUUACUCUUCUGUCGACACUCGGUGUUCGCGAUAGUGUCUUUGAAUUAAAGCAAGAGGAAGCCGUGAGGCAGUUGAACAGAAUGGUAACUGAACCACAGGCUGCUAUUGAAGCAAUUGAACUUAUGCCCAUGGGACAAAUAACCAAUGUGGUUAAAGAAUUGUUGCUCUGCGGCUACCAGCCUGAUCACGAACCAUAUCUUUCCAUGCUGCUGCAAACUUUUAGGGCAUCCAAGCUGCUAGAAUUGAAAACAAAGUCAAGGAUAUUCAUCCCAUCUGGACGAGCAAUGAUGGGAUGCUUGGAUGAAACCUGCACGUUGAAGUAUGGCCAGGUAUUCGUUCAAGCUUCUUCCCGUGCAAAUGAGCAUAGCAAGUUUAUUGUGACAGGAAAAGUAGUCGUCGCCAAAAACCCUUGCCUCCAUCCGGGUGAUGUCCGGGUUCUCCAGGCUGUCAAUGUUCCUGUUCUGCACCACAUGUUUAACUGUGUAGUCUUUCCGCAGCAGGGACCAAGGCCGCAUCCUAAUGAGUGUUCAGGGAGUGAUCUUGAUGGGGACAUAUAUUUUGUUUCUUGGGAUCAAUCUCUCAUCCCAACUCGAAUGGUGGUGCCUAUGGACUAUAGUCCAGCACCAACAGAAACAUUAGAUCAUGAUGUUACGAUUGAGGAAAUAGAGGAGUACUUCACAAAUUACAUAGUUAAUGAGAGUCUGGGAAUUAUCGCCAAUGCGCAUGUAGUAUUUGCUGAUAAGGAAUAUCUGAAAGCCGAAAGUGCGUCGUGCAUUGAACUGGCCAAGCUCUUCUCUGUAGCUGUUGAUUUCCCAAAGACAGGAGUGCCCGCUCAGAUUCCACCUGAGCUACAUGUCAAGGACUAUCCUGAUUUCAUGGAGAAGCUCGACAAAGUCACCUAUGUAUCACAGGGUGCAAUCGGGAAGCUCUACAGGGAAAUAAAGAAGCACACACCUCGCAUAAAGUACUUCACGAAGGAUGUGGCAAGACGGUCUUAUGACACUGAUUUGAUUGUUGAUGGCUACGAAGAGUACAUUACCGAGGCUAUGGAAUUCAAGGAAGAGUACGAUUUUAAGUUGGGUAAUCUUAUGGACCACUAUGGCAUAAAAAGUGAAGCUGAAAUAAUAAGCGGAUGCAUACUAAAGAUGGCAAAGAAUUUCACCAAGAGUAGUGAUGCCGAAGCAAUUAGAAUGGCAGUGAGAUCUUUGAGGAAAGAAGCGAGGUCAUGGUUCAGUGAGAUGAGUGCAGACGAGAACUGGUAUCGUCAAGAUGCCUUAGAUGCCAAGGCCUCCGCUUGGUAUCAUGUUACUUAUCAUCCAGAGUACUGGGGCCGAAACAAUGAAGGAUAUGACCGACCACAUCUUAUUAGCUUUCCAUGGUGUGUAUAUGACAAGCUUGUAUGCAUCAAGCAAGGGAGGAAUUGCCUCAGGAAUAUGGAGCCUGAUCUGGUGUCCCUCAUGAAUAACAUGAAUCAGAAUUUGAGAUUCCAUUGAGUAUGACCAUCAGGUUUGCUCUUGUACAUAUCUUUGUGGUCGUUUGCAAUGAGCAUGUCGAUUGUGGCGCAUGAUCUGAACGACGAAGGCAAGCGAACUGCUACGACUGACAAGUGUAUGCUCGUUUACUAAAUGCUUGUAGCUUGAUUUGCAUUGGAACCUUGUGUUAUUUCUCGCCUUUUGCUAAACUGUGUAAUAUUUCCAUCUCUUCCUUUGUAACCAGAAAUAUGUUGUUUAUGAAUGUUUUUAAUGUUGGAUUCCUA